AUACAACCCGCCGCUGAAUUCACCUCAAAGCUGCUAGUGAUCCUUGUCGUCGUGUGCGAACCGUGCUCGACACCACAAGCAGAACGUGAAUACGGAGUACAACCUUGCAACAUGCCUCCAAGACUCAAAUCUAGUCCUUUUCGACCCUUCGUUUGCCCGGAAUGCCAGAUCCGGAGCCUCUAUCUCGAUCAACUUCUGGUCCGCCGCAGCUUCAGCACAUCCCCGCGGCUCUAUGCUGCAUCAUCUCCCCCAAGCAAGUACCUCCAUCUCGAGAACCGUAGCAUCAUCCGCCUCGCCGGCCCGGACGCAGCGCUUUUCCUCCAUAACCUCAUUCCUGCCAAGAUCCUUGACAUCGGAGGAAGCACGAACCCGAUCUACACGGCGUUCCUCUCGGCACAGGGGAGGAUAUUGAACGAUGUCUUCGUCUACCCACCGCCCCCCACCAGCGAUAACCCGGGGGAAGAAUGGUUCAUCGAGGUUGAUUCAGAAAGCGCGGGGGAGUUGUUGAAGCACUUGAAGAAACACAAGCUACGGGCAAAGUUCACGCUGGAAAAGGUGGAUGGACAGAGAAUGAGGGUUUAUUAUACUUGGCCGCCACCUUCUAGCGAUACUCAGUAUUCGGAGGGUUCGAGCAGUGUGUGGGGUCGAGGAGGGCAAGAUCCCAGGUUUGGGAUGGGCGUCCGCUGGCUGCUCGACGAAGCAUCCCCGAAACCAGGUGCAAUACAGCGGCUGGAAGACAGCGGCAGUCAACGAGCGACGAUGGAAGAAUACACGGUCCACCGAAUGCUCAACGGGGUGGCCGAGGGCCAGUCCGAGAUCAUCUCCGGCCACGCGCUGCCGCAAGAAAGCAACAUCGAUUUCUUUGGCGGGAUCGACUUCUUCAAGGGCUGUUACUUGGGCCAGGAACUGACGAUCCGGACGCACCACACCGGCGUGGUCAGGAAGAGGAUACUACCGUGCCAACUGUACGACCCUGACGCCGAGCCGUUGCCGGCGGAUCAGGAGCUUCCCGAGUACAAAGCCGGUGUGCAAUUGGCCCCGCCGCCGCCAGGUUCAAACAUCUGCAAGUUGAGAGCAAAAGGGCGAGGGCGGAGUAGUGGAAAGUGGCUCGCCGGAGUGGGCAACAUUGGGCUCGCGCUGUGCCGCUUGGAGAUGAUGACAGAUAUCCAGUUGACUGCGGAUAGGACGAAUUAUGACCCGACUGAGCAGUAUAGGGUACAGUGGGAACCAGCGGAAGGCGGACAACAGCAGGGAGUCAUGCUCAAGCCGUUUGUGCCCAGGUGGCUGAGGGACGGUGUCGAGCAGAGCUUACGGAGGAAGGAGAAGAAGGUCAAACCGAAACGGGAAGAGGAGGAAGAUGAAGAGGAACUUGAUUAAAGGAAAGGCUUUCGAGAAGUCCCUUUGGAACGUCACAAACAAGGGAUCUCGUCCUCUAUGGUCGCUAAACGCUUCUACACGCAAACCUAGAGGCAUCAAUCACUAGCAUCCACGCCUUCUGUUUCCUUGAGGUACUGGCCUUCGCAGCCUAGCAAAGGCGUCUGGUAGCGGAUGGUCUCAUCAUGUGCAAAGCGUCAUUCUCCAGGAUACUCAUCGGCGGGAUGGUCCGGACUUGGUUGGUCCUUUGCGGUGUCUGGAAUGGACAAUCAUGGAUUCCGACUUGCUUCUAGCAAACCGAGGGGCACAGGUCAGUCAGUGUCAAGCACAGGCACUUUCAAGCACUGGUGGAAUCCCCGUGCGAACCCUUCUUGUUGUGAGUUCCAUUGGUCGAGGAAACAACAUCCUUGGGGGGACAUUCUGCUGUCAUAUUCAGCGCUUGACGACUGACAGCAACUCACUGACGAAAGUUUGCCUUGGUCCAUUCCAGGGCGGGUGCUCAAUAUUCUCCGUUUCGGGCGGAAACGCAAACACCAUAGCAGGAUGCUGUUGUCGGAAAUUGUAGAAGUCAUGAGCCUUCCUCCACUCUCAACCGCCAUCAGUUUCCCUUGUUGCGGCCCACUCAACGCUUUCGAUACCCUCCCAAGGACCCUGUGCCACGACCUUCUUAGCUAUAGCCAUAGAUUUGAACACGAUGACGGCAGUGCCCAGUAAGAC